CUCUUCCCGCCACCGGGUCAGGUCAAAAUGGCGACGCGUUCCGUGUAAAGGAGGUCGAAGGAGCUGCCGGCUUCGGAGCUGAGAACAUGUAUAAGACGCCAUGUAGUCGACUCACAGGUUUGUUUGGAGUAAGCAUACAACAAAAACUGGUCGGCCAUCAUGGACCGCGAUGCAACCAGACCGCUCGCAGCCUCCUCCAGCUGCACAGAAGAGAGCCGUCACACUGGCUGACCUAUCAGCAUCUCAUCUUCCUGAAACGGCAGUAUGUGGCCAAGAACAUCGGAGAGCUCCACCAGCGCGCCGCCCCCAAGCAGGCCCCCGCGCUCUCCGUGGUGGACGAGCCUGACGACGCCGUCAAAAGGCAGGUCCAGAGAGUUCCCGUCAUCCAGUCGCCGGUUGCAGAGGAAGCGUCCGUCUCAGUCUCCGGCGCGGCGACCAAAACCUCGCAGGAGACGCCCCACAUUCACAUGGAGACGGACGAGGCGCGGGACGCUCGUCUGGACCGACAGUGGAAGCAGCAGAAGGUCGACGUGGCCGACCUGCCGGACGUCUACGCCCGGCUCACCAAAAUAAAACUCACAGCACUCGUGGUUAUGACUGCGGCUGCUGGUUACGCAAUGGCCCCGGUGCCCUUUGACCCCGUCAUUUUCUCGGUGUCGUGCCUGGGAACGGGUCUGGCCUCCUGUGCAGCCAACUCCAUAAACCAGUACUUUGAGGUGCCUUUCGACUCCAACAUGAACCGAACCAAGAACCGCCCGCUGGUCCGAGGGCAGAUCAGCCCCCUCCACGCCGUGACCUUCGCCCUGGCGUGCGGCGUCUCUGGAGUGGCCCUGCUGACGUGGGCGGUGAACCCCCUGACGGGCUUCCUGGGCGCCCUCAACAUCGCCCUGUACACGUGCUGCUACACGCCGCUCAAGAGGCUCACCAUCGCCAACACGUGGGUGGGCGCCGUGGUGGGCGCCAUCCCGCCCAUCAUGGGCUGGACGGCCGCCACGGGCUGCCUGGACGCAGGUGCGCUGGUGCUGGGGGGCUUCCUGUACAGCUGGCAGUUCCCCCACUUCAACGCCCUCAGUUGGAACCUGAGGGAGGACUACUCGCGUGGCGGCUACCGCAUGAUGUCGGUCACGCACCCCGCCAUGUGUCGCCGCGUGGCCCUGCGUCACAGCCUGGCGCUGGUGGGCCUCUCCACGCUGGCGCCGGCGGUGGGCAUGACCACGUGGAUCUUCCCCGCCGCCGUGCUGCCCAUCAACGCUUACAUCAGCUUCCUGGCCUUCCGCUUCUACCGACGAGGCGACCGCGCCAGCGCCCGCAAGCUGUUCUUCUGCAGCCUGUGGCACCUGCCCAUGCUGCUGCUGCUGGCGCUCACCUGCAAGAAGCCUCGCCAGGAGCGUCAGCGCCACGACAACGCCGACGCCACCGCCCCGCGCAGCUGAUGCGGCGCUCCCAAAGAGGGGACGGACACUUCCUUUUCACACAGCACCUGUCGGGUCAACAUGUGCCCCGUUUUCUGGCGUCGGGUUACAUCGCCAUCACAUAAAAGGAAGGAGGCCAAGGCCGAGGCCGCCAGAGCCCAAACGUCCUCGUAAAGUCUCGUCCGAGGGGAUCCGGAGAGUCCGGGGAGGGGAUUGAUCGGGCCAGCUGUUUGGAUCCAGAGGAGGAAGAAGAGAGGAUUGGAUGUCACCUUCGUGAUCGCCAACCACAAAAAAACAUUAAAACAAGAUUUGACGGUAAAAAACAAACAAACUGGCAUCUCUGUUGCUUGAAUUUUAGCGUUAA